GUUCGUGUUAAGUAAUUCAUGGAAAUAAUGCCGGUUUCUUUGAGAACGACAGUGCGGAGAAUUAUUCCGCAAUAUCGAUAAAUAUUAGUUAUUUUAACAAUGCGACACGAUUAAAAUUAAAAACUCGAUUUUAGAUGAUGAUUUAUGGUUUGAAACAACAUAAAAUUGACAAUAUAAAUAAUAUUGGUGGGGAGGUAGCGCGCUGGGUGCAAGACAAUUAUGCGGUCCCUCCCUGAGCACAGACCUCGUGGUGAGCUAUUCUCCGACUCAGCCAUAUUGAAAUAUUGAAUGUCUCUGUUACACAAGGGCUCAAGAGUAGCCGUGAAAUUUUCGCGUGAUCCUCGACGAAGAGAGGAUAAGGACAAGCAUGGAAAGCAUGUACAGUAUUGCCGUAACGAACAAAUUCUCGUUAGCGUUGGGUGAUGAUGAGGAUCCGCACGAGAAACUCCGAGAGGAAGAGCUUAAGAAAGAAGCUAGGAAAAAAGAAAAACUCUCGGAGAAAGAAAAUAAGAGCAAGCAGUCGGACGCACAGAAAGGGACCGGUAAUAAAACGCAAAAGAAUCGCGUGAUCAAAGAUUCUCAGCAGCAACCGGCCAAAGUGCAAGAUUCAAAGAAGGAUCAAGCAACAGAUAAAAAACCACCACAAUCAAGAACCAGUGGUGGAGAUCGUAAUGUUAAAUUCUCUGGAGAAACUAGAGAAGAGCGCAAUAACAGGCGUAAUCGUGAAGAUGGUGAAAGAAUGCCUCGUAAUCAGGGAGAAGUUAGGCGAGGACUUCCUGGCGAAGGACGUGAAACUCGAGAGUUUAGGAAUUCUAAUGAUAAUCGUGGAGAAUACGGAGAGCGCAGAGGUCGUGGUGGAAUGCGUGGAAUGGUGCGUGGACGUGGAGGUCCACGUGGUCGUGGUGGAUACGAUUAUCGUGGAAAACGUGAAUUCGAUCGUCAAUCUGGCUCUGAUAAAACAGAAAGUUUAAACCAAGAUAAUCAAGAUUGGGCUAACGAUAAACCUGAUGGAGAUGCCAACCAAACAACCACAGAGACAAAGGAUGGAGAGACACCUGCUGACGUAGUAGAAGAAAAACCAGUCGAAGAAGAAUCACGCGAAUUAACCUUAGAUGAAUGGAAAGCUUUACGUAAUAAUAGAGUGAAGCCUCAAUAUAAUUUGCGUAAAGCUGGAGAAGGCGAGGAUUUGACACGCUGGAAAAAGAUGUACGCACUGGAAAGGAAGAAGGAGGGAGCCGACGAAGAGGAAGAAGAGGAAGAAGAAUAUGACGCAGCAGCUGAGUAUCCUCAGCGUGUUGGAAGACAGAAACGCGUUUUAGGUAUUGAAAUUCAAUUCAGUGAUUCUCGACGUGGUUCUGGUGGACGUGGUCGGGGACGAGGUCGUGGAGAACGAGUGAAUAAUCGUGGAUUUGGUAAUCGUGGAGCUCCUAGAGAUGGAGACUCACGUGGUCCUAUUUCACAAUCUGAGCAAAGGUCACCACGAGGACGUCAAAAUGCACCGAAAGUAGAUGAUGAGAAUGAUUUUCCUUCAUUAGGAUAGGUGGUUUCGCUUGUCAUCUACAAUACAGUAUCCCACCAUUUCUGCUAACAUUGAAAUUAUUACCACAGAUAAAAUUACUACUAAUACUAAAACUAUUACUAUCAACAUUUUUGCGUCAGUGACAACGUUAUUAAUGCAUAAUACAGUACACCCUUGCAAAAUGAGAUAUGUAAUUUACAGACUCAAGUUUUAUGAUUAUUAUAUAUAUAUCCAUGAAUAUUUAGUCUCGUUCUUAAUGUCGUACAUCCGUGAAUUAGCAUGAAAACAAGCUGAAUUAUUACAAGUACUGAAAAGGAUCAUGAUUUACAUUGUUUUUUAUCGUGCCAUGUUGAACAUGCCAAUAUAUAGAUAUAUAAUUUAUAUGCUAAUAUGUUGAUAGUGCUACUAUUCAUUUGGAUAAAUUAUAUAUCGAUAUAUUGUUUUGUCUAAUUUCUCAUAAUAAAAGACAAUGUAGAUCAUGAUAUUUUUUUGUAUUUAUAAUAACAGUUUGUCCGAUUUUAAUUUAUAUUUUAAUGCUUGUUCAUGAAUGAAUGAGACUGGAUAUUUAUGAACUUGUUAAAUAAUCAUAAAGUUAGAGUAUUAGACAAAAAAUAUGGCUGAAGGACUAAGCGGACCAGCAGGAAUAUAAAUAUCAAAAAAUAUUCAUUUUACAUAAUGUAGUUUGAAGCUGCUUAAAUUUGAGUCAAACAUAUAAUUCCAAGUGGAAAUAAACAAACAAAACAAAAUCCACCUGUAUGGCAGGAGGUAAGGCAGUUAAGCCUAGAUUUUAAUUUUGAUGUCGUAUAUUAAAGGCCUAAGGAGGCUGGCCAUAGCACCGACUCUUAUGAACACAUGUAUAAUAACUUGUUAGGUGGUAAAUUUUAAACAUUCUUUCUGUUUUAUAAUUUUUAUACGGUGUUUGGAGAAGCCUUCCUUGUAAUUGACAAGUUGUUACUUGUCGUGCAUAAAGAUAAGAGACUUUUAAAAAGAAGUGUGUGUAUUUCUAUUUAAGAAAACAUUUCUGAUAUUAAAAACGUCUACUUAGAUAUAUGCUAAGUUUGGCUUAUGUAGAAGUAUAUAGAGAUUUUUCCUUUCAAAGAUGUAACCAAUCUGUAAGAAGUUAACAUUUAAGUAAAUAUUAGAGAGACAGACACAGACACAGAUAUACACAACUUUACAUAUAUAUUGUAUAACGAGUUAAAAGAAUGGUCGAUACAUACGUUCAAAGAGACAGAUAGGAUAAAUCCAGUCUUUAUAUAGUUACGUUGUACGUCGAUCAUCAUGUUCUUAAUUAUGACUUGAUAUAUUAGUUAUCUAUUGUAUUUGUUACAUGUAAAAUGAAGAAAUAUCACAGCCAAAAGAUCCAAAUCCUCUUCAUAAACACGAAAGGAAAAAUAAGGAAAAAAUCGUUAUAAAGCUGUUUGAAGCUUAGGUAUAUGUGUAAAUAACAUGAUAUUUACAAUAAUAAAUCGUGACGUAUAAGUCACUUUAGACUUGACUACUUAAAUCAAUCGACUUAUGACGAGAUAUUCUAGAAAGGAUUUUUAUUUGCGCAGUGUGUAAAGAAUGUGAGUACAAAGGAGAUUAAAAACAAAAUAUGCGCACUAUCUUACAUCGAAGCCUUUUUGCCGCAACGCUAACGAAAAUGUGGGCGUCACUGAGAACAUGGAAGAGAAAAAAUGAGAGGUGCUGAACUCAAUAAAGUUAUGAGAUAAUUUCAUUGUAAGCAUCUUGUUAUUAAAAUAAUACCAGCUGUAUCGUAUUUGGAUAUUACGUAUGUAUAUAAAAUAAUAGGUUUUUAAAUUACGCGCCUUUUUGAAGUGGAACACACACAAUAGAUUACGGUUAGUAUUCUUAUUUUUCGUUCGAAUCGAUUCAAUAGUUCAUGUUGUAAUAGAAUUUGAAACUCUCCGAGUCAUUUUGAAUAUGAUUCAAAGCUUAGAUAUCGAUUGGAAAUCGUGAAACUCUUGGCUGUGCAAUGUUUUCUGCAAGAAUAGAUUUAAAAAUUUUAGUUAGAAAAAGGUUAGUAAGUAUAUUUAAUAUUUUUUUCAAUGCAGUACAAAUGCUCUUGCGUAAAGCAAGAAUUUUCUUAACAAAAAUUUGGAACGUUUGGGUUCAUUUACAUUAUUUAUCUUUAUCUGUAAUACAUAGAUAGAUAAAAAAAGCAUAAAUGAAAUGUAAGUUUUUAGCGAGUGUUAUUUAUUUUUAUAAGAUGUUUGAAGUUCAUAUAGUGCGAUAUUCUAAAUUCGUAGUACAGUUGAAAUUUUAGAGAAGUUCCUAGGUGGGAUCACAUAUUUGGUACGUUUUCAAAUUUGUUAUUCCCGAAAAUAAAAUGUU